CGCGCGCCGCGGCUCCCAGUGUCUAUUUUGGCACCACCCGGAUACGCAUGGAGCCUCCAUCACCACCGCCACUAUCUUUUACGCACCGAGUCCGGUAACGCGCGCAGCGCGCGUCAGCAUGGACGUCCUGGCGAACCACAGUAUCUUCCAGGAACUUCAGCUCGUACACGACACCGGCUAUUUCUCCGCCAUGCCUUCGCUGGAAGAGAACUGGCAGCAGACCUGCUUAGAACUGGAGCGUUAUUUGCAGACCGAGCCCAAGCGUCUGUCAGAGCUCUUCGACCAGGACUUGGACGGCCUCCUGACCCCGGCCUACCUGAAGGAGGACGGUGAGGAAGAGCUCGCCGACGUCCUCCCCGGGCCCCCGAGCCCGCCGACGGUGGUGCUCUGCCCCGUGCGGAAAAACUUCACCUCCGCCGCGUCGAUAAAGCGAGAACCAAAGGGCCCGGAGGCCACGGAGGAGAUGGAAGGCGUUCACCAAGCCCAGCUCAGCGCCGUCACCUCCCUGACGCCGCCCUCGUCGCCGGAGCUGGGCCGGCACCUGGUGAAGCCCAGCCCGUCGCUGACGUCCGCCGCCGACGGGACGCUCACCCUCAAGCUGGUGGCCAGGAAGGUGGGACUCAGCGCCGCCCGGCUGGUGGCGGCGCACUCGCUCCCCGUGCGGGUGAAGGAGGAGGACGAGGGAGUAGCGUGCGUCGUCGGCGAGCUGCCGGAGAACAAGAAGAGGAUCCACCGCUGUCAGUUCAACGGCUGCAGGAAGGUUUACACCAAGAGCUCCCACCUGAAGGCCCAUCAGAGGACGCACACAGGUGAGAAGCCCUACAAGUGCUCAUGGGAAGGCUGCGAGUGGCGAUUCGCCCGGAGCGACGAGCUGACGAGGCACUACCGCAAACACACCGGUGCCAAACCUUUCAAGUGUAACCACUGCGACAGGUGUUUCUCACGAUCGGAUCAUCUGGCGCUGCACAUGAAGAGGCACAUUUGAGGCAUGAAGGAGACGGAGGCAGAGAUGAGGAGAGAGAGGGGAGCGUCACUUGCAGACAAAAAGUACCACCAUGGAUCUCAGACGGAUAGAUCUCUGAUUUCCGCCACGGGCUCGAACACGGACAGGCAAACAAACGGGGGUCACACAUGACUCAAUUAACCGUCGUCGGCGUCCCCAAAUGGAUGACCUUUUAGUUGGUUUCAACUUUUUGCCCCCCUUGCAGUCCAAAAUGUCAGCCACUUUGUAUAUUUUGGUCCUCUUUGAGCUAAACGCCAUCCUCACUUGCGUUGCCGCAGCCUUUCCGUUCAAAGGUUAUAUAAUCACAUAUGAGUUUUCCAUUUGACCCGUUACACCUUCCGACUGGAUCCGUUUAUAAAUCCUUCUGGUUCGAUGGCAUGGGAUUUAGAGACCGGACGAGAGGAGCAUGUUUCAGCCGGCGGAGGUUGAUUGAGGCCAUGCUGCGCAGGUGUAUGAACAUCAUCCGGUGGGAGUUCCCUCUGGAUGUGGGGGGGUCAACUAAUCUACUCCUGGGAAAGAAAGGCCAUCUCUUGUCGAAACCGAAGCAUCGCAAAGCUCCUCGGUGUGAAAAAACUGUUGCACAAUUGACUUUUACAAACAUUUUGUUAAAAAGAAAGGCCCCAGCGAGUCCGGCUGGGAGUCGAUUCGGCCCCCACGCACAAGUCCGAAGCAUCUUGCCGACUGUAAUAGCACAUCAGACAAGAUCACUAUGUACGUAAAGGCUCUACGUUUCUAAGCAAAGAUCUCCUAUUUGUUCAGAACAGACCCAUUCUGAGGAACUCUUCGGGAACGGACGCAGCCAAAUAAAAACUGUCGAUGCCCUGAAAUGAUCUCUCGGGCCUUUGAGAGUGAUUGGCGUCCGACCAGCCAACCCAGCGCUCUCCAUGCAGAACUCUUCCAACUUAGCAGGCUUCCAUUCAAAACGCAGCCGUUUCAAGUAAAUCAGGCCCUAUGCAUCCUCCUGGUGACUUCUUGUGAGAUUUAUCCCCCCCACCACCCCCCUCGUUGGACGUAGGCUGGACUUGUUGGAGGACGAAUCAAUCAAUGUGAAUGUAUCUGUGUAUGUGUCCGUGCACUUGCAUCUGGAAAAAAAAACAAAAAAAAACAAAAAAUGACGAGAAUGCCGUUGCGGUCGCUUCCGGUUAGAACCAUUCCUUUUCACUCCACACGUCAUUAUUACGCUACCGAGUCACGCCUGGUGGCUUGUGUCACGCAUUGUUCUAGUGGAACGGCAAAAGGGGUCAGGAGAGCAGGUUUCUAUGGACGCAGCAGAUCUGCACACUCAGCAGAGAUAACCGCCCCAUCAGCUCCUAAAACUACAACAGAGUAAGACCUCUAGAUACAAAGACAUGUAGUCACAUUUGUUCAUGGUGAUCUGACCCCUGAAUCCCGGCCGCCAGCUCCACGAGAUGCCUUUAGCACAGACAAAAAUAAAAAGAGCCUAUGCUAGUAUUCAGGCUGACUGAAACGGCAAUUGGCGACACAAUCGACGGUCUGUAUUUGAAGAAGAAUGUGGAUUAUUUGAGUCAAGUGAGACAUGCCCGGGAUUCGACUACUAACUCGCAGCCUUAGUGUUCAGUCCAGGUCUGGAUUCAUCUCGCAAAACAAAAUGAAGAAAAAUUGGGUUUGCACCAUCAAUGGCAGCUCUUUGUGUGUGUUUUAAUAGUCCAGCUCCGAUGUUGACAUUAAUGGUUGUUUGGCAAUGUGUUUUUUUGUUGUUGUUGUUGUUCUAAAUUGUUCUCACGGGCAGCCCUGGACUGGAACACGGAAAUACAGUUGUCCUUCGUUUAUCGCGGUACAAUCGGGACUGGACAUGAGCGCGAUAAAUGGACUUCUCAGCAGUAGGAUUAAAUACUUUGGUAACACUUUAGUAUGGGGAACACAUUCACCAUUAAAUAGUUGCUUAUUAACAUGCAAAUUAGUAACAUAUUGGCUCUUAAUUAGUCAUUAUUAAGUACUUAUUAAUGCCUUAUUCUGCAUGGCCUUAUUAUACAACCAGUAAACUGGUAACCCUUUAGUAUGGAGAACAUAUUCACCAUUACUAACCCUAACCCUAACCCCAACCCUAACCAAAUAACUCUAAAUUAAGUCUUUGUUACUUAGAAUAUGUUCCCCUAGUGUCCAAAUAACUCUAAAUUAAGUUGUUGUUACUUAGAAUGUCAAUCAAUCAAUCAAUGUUUUUUUAUAUAGCCCUAAAUCACAAGUGUCUCAAAGGGCUGCACAAGCCACAACGGCAUCCUCGGUUCAGAGCCCACAUAAGGGCAAGGAAAAACUCACAACCCGGUGGGAUGUCAAUGUGAACGACUAUGAGAAACCUCGGAGAGGACCGCAGAUGUAGGUGACCCCCCCGCCCCUGUAGGGGAGACCGGAUGCAAUGGACGUCGAGUGGGUCUAGCAUAAUAUUGUUAAAGUCCAGUCCAUAGUGGAUCUAACAUAAUAGUGAGAGUCCAGUCCACAGUGGGGCCAGCAGGAGACCAUCCCGAGCGGAGACGGGUCAGCAGCGCAGAUACUGUAUGUUCCCAACCGAUGCACAGGCGAGCGGUCCACCCCGGGUCCCGACUCUGGACUCUGUGCCCCCCCUUAUAUGUUCCCCAUACUAAAGUGUUACCAAUACUUUCAUAGGUAGAGCAUAGAAAAACAAGUUUACAACCUUUUAAAAAGGUUGUUUUAACAUAAUUAGGGCCCUCUAAACAUGAAAUAACACCCAUCUUUAAUAUUAUUUUACCCAAUAUACUUUAGUAUCGUUGUGUUCUACUGUAGAUUACAGUACUCUCUGGUAGCCCGGAGGAUGCUUCAUGCGUCAUUAUCACAUUAUCCACUAAAAUAAAGUUCCAAUGAUUGUCACACACACACACUGGGUAUGGUGAAAUUUGUCCUCUGGAUUUGACCCAUCCCUAUGUUCCACCCCCUGGGAGGUGAGGGGAGCAGUGAGCAGCACCGGUGGCCACGCUUGGGAAUCAUUUUGGUGAUUUAACCCCCAAUUCCAACCCUUGAUGCUGAGUGCCAAGCAGGGAGGUAAUGGGUCCCAUUUUGUAUAGUCUUUGGUAUGACUCGGCCGGGGUUUGAUGCACGACCUACCGAUCUCAGGGCGGCCACUGAGCUAAAGUGCGCCCCGGACGUGGAAUUACUUUGUCACAUCCUGGGCAAUUCUCCUAAAUUACAACUGGGCUUCCAUGUGUUGUUCUGUAGAAACUCGGUCAACUCCACACUCGCAGUUAAGAUAGUUAGCAUUGCGUGUCUGCGUUGUCAAAUCCACAUCGCUCCAGUCAAGGUGGUGUUAUUGACGUCGAGGCCGAAGUGCAUCGAACAAGUUAAUCUCCACUUUCGCCGGCUCGUUGCCGAUAGCUAAUAGUUUAUAGCAGUCUCAGUUAGCCUGGUGGUCCGAUGCUAAUUCCAGAUGUUGUCGUUGGACAUGGCUUCGAGUCAAAGUUCUCACCAAUGUGGAGAUGUGUCGUUGAUGAGGAAGGAGUUGAAUAUGAAGUCCAUCAAAAAGGUGGUCAUCUUGGGAUUGCCGUGGUGAAGAUAGCGUAGCCGUGUCGUUUACAUAGUAGCGUUCAACCUCAACCCGGAAAUGGGAGUCGGGCUCUGAGGGUAUUUGUCGAUCACCACUAAAUAGGGCAAAAUACUGCACUGUAAUACUGUCUAACUUAACUUCACACUUUCAUUUAGACCAGUGGUUCUUAACCUGGGUUCGAUCGAACCCUAGGGGUUCGGUGAGUCGGGCUCAGGGGUUCGGCGGAGGUCAAGACACACCCGACUCAUCAUGUAAAUAAAAACUUCUCCCUAUCGGUGUAUUACGGAUACGGCAACAGCAGAAGUCACACUGAUUUGCAGGUGUGUAAUUUGUUGUGAGUUUAUGCACUGUUUUGGUUUUGUUCUUUGAACAAGGUGAUGUUCAUGCACGGUUCAUUGUGUGCACCAGUAAAAAAACAUGGUAACACUUUAGUAUGGGGAACAUAUUCACCAUUAAUUAGUUGCUUAUUAACAUGCAAAUUAGUAACAUAUUGGCUCUUAACUAGUCAUUAUUAAGUACUUACUAAUGCCUUAUUCGACAUGGCCUCAUUAUAACCCUAACCCUGGCCCUAACCCUCUAACCCUAACCCUAACCAAAUAACUCUAAAUUAAGUCUUUGUUACUUAGAGUAUGUUCCCCAUACUUAGGGAUGAUAUUCGAAACCGGUUCUCCGAUAAGAAAAGAACCGUUCGAUAAGAAAAAAAACGAUUCCAUGGACUCGAAUCCCUUUUUGAGAACCUGUUCCCGUUAUCGAGGCCACUAUAGUAAAGAAAAAGAGUUGGUUCUUUAUUCGAAUCCCUGGGAACGAAUCCCGUCUCACAGGACAUGCCCUUUGGGACAUCACAGGAAAUGACAUAAGUAGACAUGCUAAUUUUUUGGAAGAAAAAUUGUUGAUUGAUGACUGUGGCAUUCUUAGUGUCAUAGUGUGUGUAGUUGGUAUGUUCCAAUAGCAGCAGGAGUGCACUUUUUGGAGAGCUGUAUUAUUUUCAGUUUUGUGCCCAAGGGACUGAUUUUAUUUAACACUAUAUUACUAUUUUUACACCUAUAGUGAUCACAGAGACAGGUUGUUUUUGUGUUACUGCAUAUAUUUGUUUUUCUGAAAAAUCCCACUUAAUAUACUUUGGGUAACAACAGUCAAUAUUUAUUUAUUUAUUUUAUUUUAUUUUUUUCUUAUAAAAUAAAAGUGAGCUUUUGUUAAACCAAAUAUUGUGGUUUUUUCCAUAUACAACAACCUAUCUGGAUUCGAUAAGAGAAUCGAUAAGGAUAAGAAGAGGAUUCGAUAAUGGGCUCGAACUCGAUCAUUUCUUAUUAAACAUCAUCCCUACCCAUACUAAAGUGUUACCAAAAACAUAAUAACUUUGUCUUGAAUUUGAAAAAAAAUUUUUAUUUUUCACUAAAGAAGGUUUCGGUGAAUGCGCAUAUGAAACUGGUGGGGUUCGGUACCUCCAACAAGGUUAAGAACCACUGAUUUAGGCUAAAAAAAACAUGUACAAUAUGCUUUGAAAAAUAAUAAUCCGCGUUGUGUCGUAGUGAAUCCGCCACAUCGGAAGUGCGAUCUAGCGAGGGAUGAUUGUAUCCCCAAUUUUUUUUUUUUUUUGGAAUCAACUAAUUCUUCUCACUUGUACGCUGGAAAACUUCUCAAAAUGUGAAUGUUUACUUUUUUAUUUAUUGAUUUUGAUUUUUUGCUCUUCACUACUGUGUCAUUUUUAAUGAACGAUUGUCCAUUCUGCUGUGCCUGUGUGUAUUUUUUUUUUUUUUUUUUUUUUUUUUUUGUUGUCUGUAUUUGCACUCGAUUUUUUAGGAAAAUCUGAUGUUUUUCUGUCCACUCGUGCACAUCCCACCACCACACCGCUGUACAGUAGCUGUUUUAUACACAUGUGCGUGCACAUACGUACGAGCACGCCCUCGGCGCUUGCAUGCCUGCAGACACUCCCUACACAUGCAGGCGAGCACACACACACACACACACACACACACACACACACACACACACACUCGACCUGAGGUGCAGGCUGCAGCUCUCAGCGUCACUGAUCUCCUGAAUUUUAAAUCAGACCCUUUUUUCUACCGUCUCUUCGAUGCCUCGCCCUCACUCUUCAUCAGAUAUCUUCCCUUUCAACUCCUCUUCUGCACCCCUCACCCUCCUUCCUCCCUCCGUAGUAGUUACUCCUUUUUUCUUUCAGCUGUAUAAAGUCUUUCAAAUUUAUCAUUUGUAUAUUAUGAUGUAUGAGUACGAUAAUGUUCUUUAUUAUGGAAAAAUGAGAAAGAUUUAUUUUUGUUACCGGUUUGUUUCAUAAUUCCUUUUUUUAAAUUGGUAUUGUAAUAUCUCUAUGCAAGGAACUGUUUGUUUUUUUUAUUUAAGAAUGUAAUGUGUGUAAUAAAUGGUAGACGCAGU